UCUUUUUCCUUUUAUCAUAGAAAGGUGGGACUUGUGGAGCACUGAACUUGACAAACACAGCCGACCUCACAGCCCUAAUACGAAGCGUCAAUUCGGUGUCGUUUUUGGGCUCAUUCAUUGAAUCAUUUUACGUGGCGGGAGACCAAAGAAACUGGGCAUUGUAGCCUUUAUUUCGAUUUUUCGCCACCUCCAUAAGAAGAAAGCCCAUCUCGCUCGCUUGCUCUCUCCGAUUCAUAGAGGUUAUAGUGGGACGUGAACUGGGUUUUCUUUGGAACCAAAAUUGAAGCCUAAUUUGAAAAAAAAAAAAAAAAAAAAAAAAAAAAAAGGAAAAUGGGAUAUAUUGGACCACAUGGUGUAGCUGCGCUGCACAGAUACAAGUAUAGUGGUGUGGAUCACUCUUAUCUCGCCAAAUAUGUCUUGCAACCCUUUUGGACCCGAUUUGUUAAAAUCUUUCCCCUCUGGGUGCCUCCAAACAUGAUAACACUAACAGGAUUCAUGUUUUUAGUCAUAUCUGCCCUUCUUGGAUAUAUAUAUUCACCGCGGUUGGAUUCAGCUCCUCCAAGAUGGGUUCAUUUUGCUCAUGGAUUGCUACUUUUCUUGUAUCAGACCUUUGAUGCUGUUGAUGGGAAGCAAGCAAGGCGAACAAGUUCUUCUAGUCCAUUGGGGGAACUUUUUGAUCAUGGAUGUGAUGCACUUACAUGUGCUUUUGAAGCGAUGGCUUUUGGGAGCACUGCCAUGUGUGGAAGAACUACUUUCUGGUACUGGGUGAUUUCAGCCGUAACAUUUUAUGGUGCAACAUGGGAACACUACUUCACCAACACCCUUAUUCUACCAGCUAUAAAUGGACCAACAGAAGGUCUCAUGCUGAUAUAUGUGGCCCAUUUCUUCACAGCUUUUGUGGGUGCUGAGUGGUGGGCUAACCAAUUGGGGAAGUCUAUUCCUUUUCUAAGUUGGGUCCCAUUUCUUAACGAACUCCCAACAUAUGGAGCUGUGUUAUUUUUAAUGAUAACUUUUGGUGUUAUACCAACAGUCGCAUUCAAUGUGUACAAUGUUUAUAAGGUUGUUCAGGCAAGAAAAGGAAACAUGCUUCUGGCAUUGGCAAUGCUUUACCCUUUUGUUGUACUUCUAGGAGGAGUCCUUGCUUGGGAUUAUUUGUCUCCAUCUGAUAUUAUGGGCAACUAUCCGCAUUUAGUUGUUGUGGGAACUGGACUUGCUUUUGGAUUUCUUGUGGGACGAAUGAUUCUAGCUCACCUGUGUGAUGAACCAAAGGGCUUGAAAACUGGGAUGUGCAUGUCGUUACUGUACCUUCCUUUUGCUAUUGCAAACGCACUCACAGCUACACUGAAUGAUGGAGUUCCUUUAGUUGAUGAGAGAUUGGUUCUUUUUGGUUACUGUUUAUUCACAGUUUCACUCUAUUUGCACUUUGCCACAUCAGUCAUUCAUGAAAUCACAUCAGCCUUGGGAAUUUACUGCUUCAGGAUAACUAGGAAAGAAGCUUGAUUUCUGCUGUUCUCUUUUUGGCAAGUGAAGAAUGACGCAAUCUUUGCUGAGGUUUUUGAUUAAUGUAUUUUUGUAUAACAAGAUGAAAGUAGUGACCGGAGAGACCCGAUUUAAUCAUCUAUUUGUUGUAAUUUGUUUUUAGAAUAGAAGAAUAGGCCAUUUUUUGCUAUGGUGAUUUUGAUUUAUCCAUAUUGUUAGUUGUUAAUGGAUGUUCCAUAUUGAGUCUUCAUAGUUUUGGAAAAUUUUGGGAACUGAAUUAAAUUGGUCUAAGAUUGGAAUCA